AUGGCGGAGGCGUCGGUCAAGAGCAGUCUUCCCAGGAAGAGCGCGUUCUCCUGCGAGGCCUGCCGGAAAAGAAAGCGAGUCCGUCGUGUGCGCGAUGCGCUGCUCGUGGCGAAGUCUGCGUCUACAGUUUCGCCGACAUUAUCCUACACCAAAACCCUCGAGGCCAAGAUCGCGCAACUCGAGGAGGCCCUCGCGAAACUCCAGGGUGAACGAGCCCGUGAAUCGGAAAACGCGUCCAAGUCGAGUCCCCAUGGUUCGUCAGGAGACUUCAAGACCGAACCGGACGAGGGAGGAGAAGGCCUGGCGGACUUGACGGGAGACUUUGAGGGCUUGAAGGUGGAAGAUGACGGCCGGAUCUCGUUUCAUGGCGCGACGAGUCUCUUUCACCUCCCCAGCGGCAUGGUCAACGAGACUGCGACGUCGCCCCAUACGGCUCUGGAACUCGAGGCGCGGAAAGAGCGACUGAUCAACAAUGCUUGGCGGGAAAGGGCAUUCGAGCAGCUGGCUGCCAUCCCUGUACGUCGUCGCAGCAUCUUCUCGAUCAGGUCUGGCGUUGCUGAUGGCAUUCUCAGGAACCGUUUCAAUAUCUCCUUGAUUUCCACUGGUGUUGGAUCCAACCACUGUUUAAUUUUGUCUAUCGACCGGCAUUCACUCGUAAGUCAUUUCCUCUUCAUAAGAACUCUUCCAAGGUCGCUAACUUUGGGGGCAUUUGCAGGCGAUAUGAAGGUGGCCGGUCCGUACUACUCCGAUAUUCUACUGAAUGCGAUCCUGUCCCAUUCGGUACGAUGGUGCAAGGGCGAGCCCAAAGUUGGUCCUCUGCUAGAGUCGUACGAUGGUGGCGCCAAAUUCUACCAAUCGGCCGUUUCGGGGGUCUUUGACGCUCUCCGGGUCGGCUACCCCAAGAUUCCUACGGUCCAGACGCUCCUCCUGCUCAGCGCCCAGGAGUGUGGGCGCGGAAAUCGGACGCAGGCGUGGCUGUACAGUGGCAUGGCGUUCCGGCUGGUGGAAGACCUGGGCAUCUCGGUAGACAGCCGCAAGUAUUCGCGAUCCAUCCCGUUCAGUGAUGAGGACAUUGAGAUUCGGAACCGGCUCUUCUGGAGCUGUUACUUCUGGGACAAGCUCAUCUCGCUCUACUUUGGCCGGUCUCCGGCCAUCAAGAACUCCCGCGUCAGUCCUCCUCGGAUGAUCUUGGACGACACGUCCGAGAUUGAGCCCUGGGUUCCCCACGGCGUGGUCUUCCCGGAGGGCACGCAUUACCCGCCCACGCAGGCUCACUCCACGUCCUGUUUCAUGAAGAUGUGUGGCCUGGCCGAAAUUCUGAACCAGAUCAUCAUCCACAUCUAUGACCCGCUUCGGCAGACGGGCGAAAACGAGUUCCUCGCCUGCGUCAAGGAGCAGGAAAAGAACCUGGCACGGUGGUGGGACGAGCUUCCGGACUAUUUGCGACUCGUGGCCACAAAUCUGCCCCCGUAUUGUCCUCCCAGUCACAUUGUCACCUUGAACUGUCUCUACCAUACUAUCAACAUCCUUCUUCAUCGUCCCAUCCUCUGUGGCCGACCGCGCACGUCCAAACAAGAGAGGCCGGACAUGAACCAUCUGAUCCAGUGCAUGACGUCGGCAACGUCGAUUCUGGCCCUGUUCGAUCUCUACCGCCGCACAUUUGGCGACAGCUACGUCGUGCUCUCGCUUGCGUAUAGCGUGUAUACGGCCGCCUCGAUUUUCCUGCUGGAGAUUCAGGCGUUCAAGUACCCUGCUCCCGUGACGCUCGACAAGGUGAAGUUCUGCAUCAUCGCGUUGGAGCGGGUGAAGACGGCCAAUCCGGUGAUCAAUACCGGUCUGGGUCUGAUAUACCAGGAGCUGCGGAAGCUCCAAAUUGAUAUCCACGUGUCGACGACAGCAGGGCAGCCGACUGUCAGUCUGCAUCCGCAUCAAUCUCAAUCUCAACCUCAAUCUCAGUCUCAACUGCAACAACCACAGCCGCAGCCUCCUCCGCCGCCUCAGCCUCAGCCUCAGGUCCAGACGCGGACCCCACCUCAGCACUCGCAACCUCCCCAACAGUCGCAGCAACCCAGCCGGCACAUCUCACCAUCGCAGCAAUCUGCCGCCGCCGGGUCGACACCCUGCUCCCUUGGCCCUGGGUUAACGACAGCCUCGUCCACCGGCUCCGCGAGCCCUCCUGCUGCUGUACUACCUGGAUACCAGCAGCAGUAUCAUCAGCAGCAGCCCAUAACGAGCUUUGACCUGACGCAAUCAACCGCCCCGUCGUCCUUCGCGGCCGGCGCACAUCUUCAAGGCAGCGACGGCAGCGCCGGCAGCGCAGGCAUGCCAGCCGUAAUGCUAAACCCAGACGGCACGACAAUGACAUACGAAAUCACGCCCGAAGUCUUCGAGGCGUUUUCGUACGUCGAGCCCAUCACGACGAACAUGACACCCGCACCGGGCUAUGAUCCGUCGUCGUCGUGGGGGAUGAUGGGUGCGGGAAUUAGUAGUUAG